AUGGAGCAUCUGCUCAAUGCCCCCGUGGUGGGGCCGUACAUGCUGCAGGAACUCGUCGAGGAUCUGCCACUAAACACCCCCGAAAACGACCAUGUAGAUAUUACAUGCCUAGAGGCAUGGGAGCAGAACCUCUAUGUCGGUACCUCUGCACACGAAAUCUUGCAUUUCGUCUCUAUCCCACCUACCCCAGCUCCUGUCUCAUCAAGCGAGCCUCCAAGGCCCAUUUACAUACUUGCAUCUCGUCUGCAGCCUCCUUCAACUAGAACGGAGCCUUCUAUGCAUAUCAAGCAGAUUGUCAUAAUCCCAAAUGUUGCAAGAGCGUGCGUGCUUUCCUCCACAGGGUUCCUGUCAUUUUAUACCUUGCCGGAAUUUUCGCCAGUGUCUGGCGCAAAGCUCAAGGAGGCCUCUUUCAUUGGAGCUCUAGACCUGAACGAGGAGGAGUAUGAGAGACGGGGCGGCGAAAUCAGUGAUGAGCGAGGGAAACAAGUGAUAGUUCUAGCUAGGCAGUGCUUACGGAUGAUCCGUGUCGGGAGCUCCGUGCGACAGAUCAAGCCUAUAGAUCUACCCACAGCUCCAAUAAAAGCCGUGCGAAGAGGUGUGAUAGCUUGUAUCGCAAACACAGAGAACUAUGCGUUAAUAGAUACCGAUCAAAUUCGCCAGAUUCCGCUUUUCCCAAUAUCUUCAAACUUUGGAGAUGAACCUGCUCCACCUCCACCUCCACCUCCACCUCCGCCCCCACCUCCACCCCCCACCCCGCCCGCCCCGGCGCCAGCGCCAGCGCCAGCUAUGGAACGGUCUGCGUCCAGCUCUUCAGCGCCUAUGUCAAGAACGCCUUCGGGGUCCCAUCCUCCGCGAACAUCAUCACUCAGUGGGAACCGGGAGAGAAGGAACAGUUCUGCUGCAAUGACCCGAGAACCAAGCACCGGUGCCCCACACAUUAGAUCUAGUAGCGCAAGUAACAUUGGCCUUGGGCGACCUGGUUCGAGGGCUAGUGGCACCCGUGCGAAAACACCAUCCCGGCUAUCAGUUCCAGGCGCCUCUACAUCGAGGCCAACGUCGCCUGCUCCAGCCUCGCCAAAUUCGCCCCAGUCGAGCUCUCCUACUACCCAUGCUCCAGGGCCUUCAAGUGGGAGCAGGAGAGCUUCUAAUGCCUCUUCGGCUGUGCAAAGCCCUGGCCUUGGCCCAUCGAGGUCAAGAACCUCAACUCCAGUACCAACCGUUUCAAACAGGCCGUUGCUACCACAUAUUGCCUCGCCAACCCCUUGUGAGUUCCUUUUAACAACAGGGACACGAUGGGAAGACCCUGGAGUGGGGUUGUUUGUGAGUGAUGAAGGUGAUGUUACAAGAGGAACGAUCAGCUUCGAAAGGUAUCCGGAAGAUAUCCUGAUUCAGGGAAGCUGGGUUAUUGCCAUUAUUCCAGGCCGAGGAAUAGAAGUUCAACGCUGGGACCUCGAGGGUGGAGAUGCCGAGGAAGAGGAUAGAAAGGGAAUGUUGGAAAUGGAUUUGGAUGGGUCGAGACUGGGCAUCAAGGAAGUAAAUGGCCUUGAUGGAAGUGUAGUUGGUGGGGUCGUGGCAAAGCUGAGGCUAGAGCGAAUAUCUUUGAAGCCAGAGGCCGAGAGCGGUGAUGGUGGUGAGGAAUUGGGGAGAAGGGAGAUGGAGGAGAAGGUUAUUGCGGGACGAAUUUCAACCGUGGACAGCAGGGCUGUUGUUUUCAAGGGAAAGAAAAUAUGGGUUUUGGUGCAAAGCCCAUUGGCACUACGAUUGGACUCUAAGCUGCCAAUGGUCACAGCAGAAACGCUCGACGAGACGCCUAAAACAAGAGUGGAAAACAUUCUAAAGAUACUUCGAAAGGUUGACGCAAUCGAGCCAAGCACUGAGAGGGAGUUCCAUGAGGUUGCUUAUAUACGGCAGAAAGGAGGCCUACUGCUGCUAGGAGAGUUCCUCCGGCUCCCGACGUUUGAAGGCACCGAGAUCGAGCAACAGGAAGUUAUUAUGACCGAGGAGGCGCUCAUUGAAAGCGCCCUCGACCCAAGACUUGUCCUGGCGCUUUUUGGUGGAGACUUUAAGAACGAUAUCGUGAUGAGUCAUGGUGGUAUUUGGGUUUAUGGAGGUGUAAAACAGGUUUUUAACGCUAUUUCUGAGACUCGAUCUGAGGGAGCGUUCAGGAGGGAUACAUUACUACUUCUCAAGCGCUACCUAGCUGUUUGGAAAAGAAAGAAGGGAUUCGGAAGUAUAGCAGACGAAAAAGAGAUCUUUGCGACUGUCGACAUUUCCUUGAUCCGAGUAAUACUCAUGCUCGAUUCUCCAGAAUAUCUUCCUCAAAAGGGUACAACUUUGGUUCCCGAAGGAAACGUUAGGGCGGAACUUUAUACAUUGGUUGAGAAAGACGUAGAAGACUUUGAUGGGACAGCAAAACUUCUAAAUGAUUUCGGAAGGCUUUAUGUCCUCAGUAUACUUCUCCAAAGCAGGAAACUUUUCCGAGAGGUCUUGGGAACGUGGAAGAGACUUUUAGAAGAGGGGGACGCUACAGGAGAGUUUGGCGACGGUGAAGAAAGGGUCAAAAAGUAUCUACUAGGCCUAAAGGAUAGGGCACUAGUUGAAGAGUUUGGUAAAUGGCUGGCAGCCCGAAAUCCAAGGUUGGGCAUUCAAGUUUUUUCGGAUGAGAGGGCCAAGGUCAGAUUUGAACCUGCAAAAGUUCUGGAAAUCCUGAAAGAGUAUUCGCCCACAGCUGUAAGAGGCUAUGUCGAGUCCCUUGUUGAAAGGGGGAACAAAGAAUACGCAGAUGAGCUGAUAUUCUUGUACCUUGAUGAUUUAAUAAAUGUCCUCGACACCUCACCUUCUGCCUGUGAGCGACUUCAGCUCUCUUACGAGUCUUACAGGGCUCUUACUUCGCCGAAACCUACAUACCGCGAAUUCAUUGUUGACAACUCAUCGCCGUCAUUCGAAGGUGAUGGGCAAAAUGAUUGGUGGAGGGAUCGGUUACGAUUUCUCGAACUUUUAGGAGGCGAGGGGAGCUACGAUAUCCCCAAAGUCCUUGCACGCCUGAGCAAAUUCAGAGAUGUGCUUGUCCCUGAGAUGGUUAUUCUCUAUGGAAAAGAAGCCCGUCACGAAGACGCUAUCCGGUUACUCACACAUGGCUUAGAAGACUUUGAUACAGCUAUCAACUACUGUCUCUUUGGCGGACUCAGCAUCUUUCAAACACGUAAAAUAAUCACCGAUCGUGAGGAGCAGAAAGCACUGUUUGCAAUACUUCUAGGGGAGUUUUUGAAGCUGGAAGAUUAUGACGACCGAUUAGAACAAACGAGGAUGUUGUUGGAAAGAUUCGGCGGAUGGUUGGAUCUGGUGCAUGUUUUAGAAGUUGUGCCUGAAAAUUGGAGCGUUGAAACACUGUCUGGUUUCUUGCUAAGUGCGCUGCGGCAGAUGGUAAGGGAGAAGGCGGAAGUGAGUAUUUUAAGAGGACUAAGGAGCGGUGAAAACCUGAAGGUUGAAGGCGCGUUUGUGGAUAAAUGUGAUGAGAUUGGUCCUUCGAUCGAGAAGUGA